AUGUCAGCAGCAGAUCAUGUGAUCCAUUCUGUCAAGAUAGGUGCUCGUGAAGGUGACACACAGUUUUCACAAAAUUUCGUCAAAAUGAUGCCCGAACUGACUUUUAAUAUUGACCACGGCUACGUAGAAGGUCUUGUCCGUGGCUUCAAAGCUGGAAUUUUACGACAGGCUGAUUAUUUGAACCUCGUGCAGUGUGAAACCCUUGAAGAUCUCAAGCUUCACCUGCAAAGCACAGACUAUGGCAACUUCCUGGCCAACGAACCAAGCCCCCUCACAGUCUCCGUCAUUGAUGACAGACUCCGGGAGAAGCUCGUCAUCGAGUUCCAGCAUCUGAGGAACCACUGUCUGGAACCGCUGGCCACCUUCCUCGACUACAUCACCUACAGCUACAUGAUCGACAACAUCAUCCUCCUCAUCACCGGCACACUACAUCAACGACCGAUCAACGAGCUCAUCCCCAAGUGUCACCCCCUGGGAAGCUUCGAGCAGAUGGAGGCAAUCCACAUUGCUUCCACCCCUGCAGAAUUGUAUAACGCUGUACUGGUGGACACCCCUCUUGCACCCUACUUCAUGGAUUGUAUAUCAGAGCAGGAUCUGGACGAGAUGAACAUCGAGAUCAUCAGGAACACACUCUACAAGGCAUACCUGGAAGACUUCUAUGGGUUCUGCAAGCAGAUGGGCGGAGCCACAUCGGAGGUCAUGUGUGAAGCACUUGCUUUUGAGGCAGAUCGUCGAGCCUUCAUCAUCACCAUCAACUCGUUCGGCACAGAGCUGAGUAAGGAGGAUCGGUUCAAGCUGUACCCCCGCUGCGGACAUCUGUACCCUGAUGGUCUCGCCAUGCUCGGGGAGUGCGAGGACUACGAUCAGGUCCGGCAGGUCGCAGACUUCUAUGCUAAUUACAAGGAGCUGUUUGAUGGCGCUGGCACCAACCCUGGUGACAAGACACUGGAGGACAAGUUCUUUGAACAUGAGGUGAAGCUGAUGACCCAGUCGUUUAUGCACCAGUUCCAGUUCGGGGUCUUCUACUCGUAUGUCAAGCUUAAGGAACAGGAAUGUCGCAACAUCAUCUGGAUCGCGGAGUGUGUUGCCCAGCGCCACCGAGCCAAGAUAGACUCCUACAUCCCCAUCUUCUAGUGCUAGUGCCGGAGUCCAACAAAGAUUGUCAACAAAACAGACUGCUCCCCAGGAUAAUUGUGAUUGGAAAUGUUAGAAUUUUUAAUCCAAGCUUCAUAAUUUGCUCGUAAGAUAUCAAGAAAAAUAUUUGAGCCUUGGUUUUAUUUUAUUUAUGCUCAAAAAUGACAUUUCCUUUUCAUGAUCAUCAAACAUUCCAAAAACAAAAUGAACAAAACCUAACGAAUGAACAUGAUAGAACUCCAUAUUAGAGCUAGGAGAUCUUGUUAUUACCAAAUAAAGUUGUUAGUUGGUUGACCUAUGAGACACUCUCUGUGCAUAAUGUAGAGAUGUCAGGAGCCCUUCUGUGUGGACCAGGAACCCUGUUCACUCUGAUUGUGGUUCAGCAGAAACCUGAAUGUGAUAUUUGUGAUGUGUAGCGGGUGUUAGUGUUGGUACAUCAGGAUCUGUACCCACCCUGGUGUGAUAGUGGUACACCCUAUUAAAGUAUGUUGAAUGAUAGUUGCGGGGUUAUUGUUAAUGGAUAUCAAUUGUUGCAAGAAUCUGUAGUGUAUAUACAAGUGUUAUUCCCUGCGAGCUUCAUGUAACUGUAUUUAGCUACAACUGAAACUUCAUUCACUGAAUUUGUACACACUUCAUUGUCUCUAAGUAUACAGGAGGACCUUACAAGGAUCCCAAGCUAAUGCUAAUGAAGGCAUUAUAUGUUAAAUAUUGUGGCACACAAUAUGUCUUUUCAAAACUGAUUACCAGUAACUUAAUCCACUUUGCCAACUAGACAUCAACCAUAUUAACGAAAGAAAGCACCAACGAUGUAAUGGAGAUAUGAGAAUCUAUUGAUUCUGGAACUGGAAUCAGUGAACCCCCAAGGGGCAAGUUGAUUCUUCUUCUGAAUAGAACAUGUUCUAGUGAUUUGUCAGACCUAAACAUGUUAUGGUUGAUAUGUAGUUUCUCUAUAAUUUUACAUAAUGGCCUAUACUUGUGUCAUCAUUUAGUUGUUUUGAUUUUGUUCAGCAUGGUGAGUGAAUUCCUGGAGCAGAAUACAAUAGAGUGACAUCCUCAUAAUGGCUUGAAUACUGUGAGGGGGCACGGGUGGCCCAGUCGUCUAAGGCGCCGUUAUUCGCUGUGCAGAGUUGCAUCCCUUGGGCAUGCCAGAAACCUAUGAUUGUGGGUUUCGAAUCCCAGUUCGCCCCAUUUAUGUUUCUAGGUUUGUCAUCACCAUACCCGUGCUUAUGGGUUUCACCGAAGUGGUAAACUUCUGAAACCUGCAUCACUUCGGGCUUUCCUCCCACAUUAGGCUGACAUGCCGUGAUAUGACUGGAAUAAUGUUAAAAGCGGUGUUAAACACAACUCACUUAAAUACUGUGGGAGUCUAGAAUCUGUUUCUCCACAUUAACAAGGUGCAACUGUAUAGGAUGAAUAAGUCUGUGUACCGUUUGAUUAUCAGAUCCAAAUGCAUUUGAAUAUCAUGUCGAAAUUGUCCAUGACAUGUCGUGUCCAUGGUAGCUAUCAAGCACUGAGCUUUCUGUAGAAUAUCUAUAGCCAGGAAUGAUCAAUACAUCCCAGCAGUAUAUCAGGAUAUAGGACAUGUUUUCUUGCAUCUAAUGUUUAAUCACUUUGAAGGCUGUGAACUCAUGCAUCGUGUAACAUUAUUGUUCAUCUGAUGUAGAUCAUUCAUGUUGGGACCUGUACAUUUGGUUACAUGUCAGCUGUUUCUGUAUAUAUUGUGCUCUUUGUCUCGUACUGUCAGUUAUUUAAUAGAUGAUUAUGAAAUGUUAAUGAUAUACCCUUUGUCAUCUUCCUGAGGCAAGCGUGUGUACUAGCCUAUAUCAUAGCCUAGUUUUUACCCUUGCCACAUCAAGCCCACUUUUCUUGACCCGAUCGUGGGGUCCCUGUGUAUAGCACGAGUUGUGCCCCUUGUUAUGAAAAUGUGAUAUACAAUCAGAUCACUGUUCUUAUCGUGUAUGGCUCCACAAAGAUGGCGACUACUAUAGACGAGAACCUGGCCGAUCAAAUUAUGAAAACAUUCACAAUUUCACCCCUGUCAGACAAAGGCGAUCGUUGAGGGGUGUGAAGAUUGAAAAGAUGUAUUCGUGUCAGCAAUGUGAGGCAGUGGAAAAUAUGAUUGUGUACCAGUAGUGUUUAAUGACUGUUCUCAUCAUCGUACCUCUUACAAGCACUGUACUUGGGAAAAGUUGAAUUUUAAUCUUGAAUCUUCUCUUAAUUGUUGAAAGAACUUAAGCGCAAAUUUGACAAGCUACGGCAGGGGCCUUUUCGGAAAACGGAUGUUGAUUUUGUGAAAUGUUUUCUGAUUGGACCAUCAAUAUUUGCGAUAGUCCAAUCAUAUUUAGCACUGGAAAGUGUACUUGAUGUUGCAAAGGUGACAAGUGGAUUCGAAAAAAGGCUAGUGGACACACUUGCCGAGGUAAGAUGACCCUUUGUAGACAUGGUAGUCUAAAACAAGAGGUUCCUCCUUUUGAUGCAAUUUCUCUAACCUAGCUGGGAAACAAGGGAGUGCGGUGGGUGAUUCCCCUCAGACUUCUUCAUCUUUGCAUGUUGGUAAUUGUUUCUAGUAAACCUUGUCAUUAGUCCAUAUGGGAAAGGGAAUGAGACCAAAGUGUCAUCUCACUCCUAUUUAAUCCUAUUGUUGCAACAUGUGUAUGUACAUGUGUGCACAGUUGUGCUGGUGAUGUCUGUAUACAAGAUCUGUCUUAGCUAAUGUCUGUAACCUGGAAACACAUGCAAUAAACAUGCCACACUGGGAA